AUCUUCUCUUCACGCAUCUGCUCAUUCAUUCUCCAGCCAGAGUUGAAAACAGCAAGCCUCCUUCAAAAUGAUGUCUUCUUCUUCCACCCGCACCUACAUGUCCUCAGCAGGGUCCUCUCGCCUCUCUACCAUGCGUGCCGGUAGUGUGUAUGGGGGUGCUGGAGGAUCUGGUGUCCGUAUUUCCAGUGCCUCUGCUUCUCGCUCCUUUGCAUCUGGUGGUGGAGCAGGAUUUGGAGGUGGUGCUGGUUUCAACCUGUCUGAUGCUGUUGAUGUCUCUGCAAAUGAGAAAGCCACCAUGCAAAAUCUCAAUGACCGUCUGGCCUCCUACCUGGUGAAGGUGCGCUCCCUUGAGAAGGCUAAUGCUGACCUUGAACUGAAGAUCCGCCAGUUCCUGGAAAGCAAGACUUCUCCAUCUGCUCGUGACUACAGUGGCUUCUAUGCUACUAUUAGUGAUCUCCAGGCCAAGAUUCAGCAUGCCACUGGUGUAAAUGGAGGGAUCUACCUAGGCAUUGACAACUCCAAGCUGGCUGCAGAUGACUUCAGGAUCAAAUAUGAGAAUGAGCUGAGCAUGAGGCAGUCUGUUGAAGCAGACAUUGCUGGCCUGAGGAGAGCGCUGGAUGAGCUGACAAUGUCCAGAUCUGAUCUGGAGAUGCAGAUUGAGGGGCUAAGAGAAGAGCUGAUCUUCCUCAAGAAGAACCAUGAAGAGGAACUCUUGGCAGUUCGUGCCCAAAUGAGUGGACAGGUCAACGUAGAGGUAGACGCAGCACCACAGGAAGACCUUUCCAAAAUCAUGGCUGAAAUCCGUGCACAUUAUGAGGCCGUUGCUGCUAAGAACCACAAAGAACUCGAGGCUUGGUUCCAGGCCAAGACUGAAACCCUUAACAAAGAAGUUGUUGUGAGCACAGAAGUCCUCCAAACAUCCAGAUCGGAAAUCACAGAGAUUAAACGCACACUCCAGAGUCUUCAAAUCGAGCUACAAUCACAACUCAGUAUGAAAGCAUCUUUGGAAAGCACCUUGGCAGAAACAAAGGACCGCUAUUCUUCCAUGUUGUCGAGAUACCAGAUGCAGGUGACCAGUCUGGAAGAGCAGCUGGUGAAUCUUCGUGCUGACCUUGAGCGUCAGGGCCAUGAGUACAAGAUGCUUCUGGACAUCAAGACCAGACUGGAGAUGGAGAUUGCAGAGUACAGAAGACUGCUGGAUGGGGAGGCUGUUAGUACCUCAACCACAAGCAAAACCUCUACUACACGCAAAGUGGUAACCAUUGUGGAGGAAGUGGUGGAUGGCAAAGUGGUCAGCUCAUCUUCCCAAGCUGUGAGCCAGACAAGCGUGUCAGUGAAUAAAUAAGAGAAACAUUUAACUAAGAGUGACAAAAAGCCAAUAAAGUGGUUUAAAU